AUGCCCUUUAUAUUUUUAUUAUAUCCCUUCAUAUGGCCUGAUAACGACGGGGCUUUCCAACGACGCUGCCAAUCUCUUUCCAGAAAGUUGAUCAUUCCCGAAGCAUAUACAAUUACAUCUGAAGCCGUAAUCGCCAACUCUACAGUCCAGUUCCCAAACGCCGAUCCUACGUGUGGGCGUCCGUCUCAGCAUGUCUCAGUCAACCUUUGCCGAGCGGUAUUACAGGUUGCCACUUCCCGCAGGUCGUCAAUCAAGAUGGAGGCGUGGCUACCCGAGCGCUGGACGGGUCGCUUCCUGAGCACUGGAAAUGGCGGACUCGGGGGCUGCAUUCAAUACGAGGACAUUGAGUAUGCGGCUGCGCUGGGCUUCGCCGCCGUCGGAACCAAUAACGGUCACGACGGGAUGACGGGGCAGUCAUUCCUCAAUAAUUCAGACGUGAUUGAGGACUUUGCUUACCGGGCCCUGCACACGGGUGUCAUGCUGGGCAAAAAAAUCACAAAGACAUUUUACGGCAGACCACACAGAAAAAGCUAUUAUCUAGGCUGCUCCACCGGCGGCAGGCAGGGGUUCAAGGAGGUUCAGGCCUUUCCGGAAGACUUUGAUGGAGUCGUUGCUGGUGCCCCUGCAUUCGCCUUCAACAAUCUUACCUCCUGGAGCUGUCACUUCCUGCCGCUGACAGGCCCUGUUAGCGCAGAUACGUUCAUACCCUUGGAUAUGUGGCCUAUAAUUCAUCAAGACGUUCUCGAACAGUGCGACGCACUAGACGGCUUGAUCGACGGGAUUAUCGAGGCGCCAGAUCUGUGCAACUACAACCCUGACCGGCUUCUGUGUGAGGCUGGACAAACCAACGGUUGCCUCAGAGAACCCCAGCUUCAGACCCUUCGGAAAAUCUACUCACCAUUGCUCGGCAUCGACGGCAGUCUGGUCUAUCCCCGGCUGCAGCCUGGAGCAGAGCUGACCGGAGCUCCGCAAACCUAUUUUACAGGCGAGCCGUUUGGCGCAGCGGACUGGUUCCGCUAUGCCAUCUUCCAGGACCCCAGCUGGGACCCCUUCAGUCUUCAACCCGAGGACUACGCCCUUGCGUCGCAGAGGAACCUUUUCAACAUCGAAACGUGGGAAGGGGAUCUCUCGGCCUUUCGCAAGCGAGGCGGGAAACUGCUCCAUUACCACGGAUUGGCGGAUGGAAUCAUCUCCAGCGACAACUCGCCCCGAUUCUAUGAACAUGUUUCGCAGACGAUGCGGUUAGCCCCAGCUGAAAUGGAUGAUUUCUACAGGUAUUUCCGUAUAUCGGGCAUGGCCCAUUGCGGCGGGGGCCCCGGGGCGGCAUCGAUCGGGAAUAGUGCGAGCAAUGCGGCGAGCCUGGAGCCUGAUGAGAAUGUCUUGAUGGCCAUGGUGAGAUGGGUGGAGGAGGGGAUUGCGCCCAAUACAAUCCUGGGAACUGCAUAUAUUAACGGGAGCAAGGGCGCGGGGGUUGACUUUAAGCGCCGGCAUUGUCGAUGGCCCUAUCGCAAUGUGUACAAGGGGUUGGGCAGCGCGAAGGAUCCAGACAGCUGGCGGUGUGUGUAA